CACCGGGUCGAUCGAACCGUCUGCUGCUUCCAGCUCAACUCAUCUCUGGUAGCCUAAUCAAUGCGCUGAAAGACCGGCUGUUUGGGGAAACACCCAGUUUGGAAUACAUAUAUUAGUGUAUUUAUUAUCGGAAUUAGUGACAGUGCUACAAAAGAGCUGGCUAUCAAACCUGCGCUCGCUCUAAACACUCAGCGACGCCCCCUUCACUCACUAGCACAGAGAGCUAACCAUAACUACGGUUGCUAACACCCAGUCCGCAGUAACGUUAGUAGCUAGGUAGCUGGUAGACAUUUCAACAGCUGAGGGGGCCAGGAUGCAAGAGGAUUAUUUGUGAGGAACGAUCCCCAUCCACGUGCCAUGUCUCUGGUUUUCCCAAGACCCAACAGCAACGCAGUCCACGGCAAGAAGGAUAAGAGACUGAUGGCGGAAGUGAAUGCAUCGCCACUCAAGCAUUUUGUCACAGCGAAGAAGAAGAUCAACGGGAUCUUUGAGCAGUUGGGGGCCUACAUUAAGGAGAGCGCUUCGUUUCUAGAUGAUACCUACAAAAAUGAAGAGCUGGACCCGGUCACCACAGAGGAGCAGGUCCAGGAGGUCCGGGGGUACCUCGCCAAGGUGGCAGGGAUUGGAGAAGUGCUCGCCCGCAGGCAUAUGAAGGUGGUCUUCUUUGGGAGGACCAGUAAUGGAAAGAGCUCAGUGAUCAAUGCCAUGCUGUGUGACAAAGUGCUGCCGUCUGGAAUAGGACACACUACCAACUGCUUCCUGAGGGUGGAGGGCACAGAUGGCAAUGAGGCCUUCCUCCUCACUGAAGGCUCUGAGGAGAAGAAGAGCAUAAAGACGGUGAACCAGCUGGCCCACGCUCUCCACCAGGAUGAGGACCUGGAUGCCGGCAGCUUGGUCUGUGUCAUGUGGCCUAAAGCCAAGUGUGCUCUGCUCAGGGAUGAUCUGGUGUUGGUGGACAGCCCAGGUAUCGAUGUUACCACAGAACUGGACAGCUGGAUCGACAAGUUCUGCCUGGAUGCUGAUGUAUUUGUUCUGGUGGCAAACUCUGAGUCCACACUAAUGCAGACGGAGAAGUCCUUCUUUCACAAGGUCAAUGAGCGACUCUCCAGCCCCAACAUUUUCAUCCUCAACAACCGCUGGGACGCCUCAGCCUCAGAACCUGAAUACAUGGAGGAGGUCCGUAGGCAGCAUAUGGACCGCUGCACCAAUUUCCUGGUGGAUGAGCUGGGUUUGGUGGACAGAGCCCAGGCCAGUGACCGCAUCUUCUUCGUCUCCGCCAAAGAAGUACUUCAGGCUCGUGUGCAGAGGGCUCAAGGAAUGCCGGAAGGAGGUGGAGCUCUUGCAGAGGGAUUUCAAGCCAGAAUGUUUGAGUUCCAGAACUUCGAGAGGCGAUUUGAGGAAUGUAUCUCACAGUCGGCGGUGAAGACCAAGUUCGAGCAGCACACAGUGAGGGCCAAACAGAUCUCCGAAGCCCUGCGCCGCAUUAUGGAUUCUGUACACAUUGCUGCACAAGAGCAGAGGAUCUACUGCCUUGAGACCAAAGAGGACCGUCAGGACCGAUUGGAGUUUAUAGACAAGCAGUUGGACUUGUUGACCAUGGACUGCAAAGCCAAGAUCAAGAAGAUUACUGAGGAGGUGGAGAGACAGGUGUCUAAUGCUAUGUCAGAGGAGAUCAGGAAGCUCAACGUGCUGGUGGAUGACUACCACAUGGACUUCCACCCAUCACCAGUGGUGCUCAAGGUCUACAAGAAUGAGCUCCACCGACACAUAGAGGACGGUCUGGGCAAGAACAUGUCGGAGAGGUGCUCCACCUCCAUCACCAGUUCCCUGCAGGCCACACACACUGACAUGAUCGAGGGUCUGAAGCCUCUGCUGCCCAACCCGGUCAGAGAGCAGGUAGACAAGCUGGUUCCUCGUCAGUGCUUCAGCCUCAGUUAUGACCUGGCCUGUGACAAGCUCUGCAGCGACUUUCAGGAGGACAUCAGCUUCCACUUCUCUCUGGGCUGGACCAUGCUGGUCAACCGCUUCCUAGGGGCCAAGAACACCCGGCGGGCCCUCAUGGGCUACAACGACCAGGUUCCUCGGCCCAUGGCCCUGACUCCAGUCAGCACCAGCAUGCCUCCAUUCCCACAAAGCUCCAUGACCCAGGAGGAGCUGAUGGUCUCUAUGGUGACUGGUCUUGCCUCCCUUACCUCUCGUACUUCCAUGGGUGUCCUUGUGGUCGGCGGCGUGAUCUGGAAGGCAGUGGGCUGGCGUCUGAUCGCCCUGUCAGUAGGUCUGUACGGGCUCCUCUACAUCUACGAGCGGCUCACCUGGACCACCAAGGCCAAGGAGAGAGCCUUCAAGAGACAGUUUGUGGACUACGCCAGCGAGAAGCUGCAGCUCAUUGUCAGCUACACCGGAUCCAACUGCAGCCACCAAGUCCAGCAGGAGUUGGCAAGUGUGUUCGCUCAGCUCUGCCAGCAAGUAGACGUCACCCGUCAGAACCUCGAGGAUGAGAUCUCUGACAUGAACAGCAAGAUCGAGCUGCUGGACAGCCUACAGAGCAAGGCUAAGCUGCUGCGGAACAAGGCGGGCUGGCUGGACAGCGAGCUCAACAUGUUCACCCAGCAGUACCUCCACCACAGCAAGUAAACCACACAGAGAGCAUCCACCUGAGAGACUAAGCAACACCAGAGGGAACAUUCGGUACGCCUGCUGAAGUUUUCCCCUCUAGUUGAUACACUUCUGUAUUUUGAAGUUAAUGAGAGGAAAUACUCCACAAUGUCCCGAACAGAGGAGGAGAAAUGAAAGGGAUAGUUUUGGAUAUCUGAUAUGGGUGAAGGAGUUACCGGGUGGUUGUGAUAUGGAUACAUGGACUAGAGCUCAAAGGUGGGAGUCCCGUGGUCAGCUGGUGACUUGUCACACAAAAAUAUAAAGUUAAAGAAUAUAUAAGAUAUUGAAUAUAAGCCACAACAUGAAUUAAAAAUGUUUUAACCACAGACUCCAGAACUAAACAUCCCCCUCAGUGUAUUUCCUGUUGCUCAUUCUUAACCUUUUGGGCGCUUCCAUGUUCAGUUGUGGCGAUUAUGCAAAUGAGCAUGAACCUGAGGGUCUCCAGAUGGCUGAUGGAUCUGACUCCAGAACCGAAGUACAGCCUGAGCUCUCCUUGCAUCCUUAUUAGCGCUGUUGAGUGACUUGUACCAGCUUCUGUCAGAACCCUCCACACUGUCCUUUUUAAAUCGGAUUCCAGUUAACUCUGCCAUAUUGAACUUGUGUAGAUUUGAUUCUGUAUAUACAUUACAUUUUGAACACUGGACAAGUGCCAUGCUGAAGUCAAAGGCAGUCCACAUGAGGGAAUGGAAGAAAGUGUCUUAUGUUAGUAGGAUAAUGCAACAUAAUUUAUUCCUCCAGCUGUAGUAUAUUUAGAAGAAGCCGUUUAGAAAUGAUCUCGGUGGAGUUGGAGGUUGCCUCUGGCAAAGAACUUGUAUUGACAUGCUCAUAUUUUUGAAUCAAAGCGAGUACUACUUUUCACUUUUAAAGCUUAGUUCUAUGAGCACUAAGUAGAACUGAUCUUACUUGUACACACACACAUCCGAAUGUUUUUGUUGAGCUUGUCACAGCUGUUCAUGGUCUCAGAGUGGAGACUUCACACACUGACUGGUGAUUAUUCAAACACAUCUUAUCUAGAUAUAAACCCCUCAUCCUAUAUGUAGACAUUUGUUGAGUGUAUUUCCUUUAUUGUUCCCUCUUAGAGUAAACCUACAUCUUCAUUUUUGCGAGUAUAAAUUGUUUGGGCUGUGAAGAAGUUGAAUAUAUUUUAGCAUGUUAAACAAUGAAGGUGAAAAUAUAAGAUUCCUGUAUGUUAACUUAAAGGGUAAGGGUAACUUAAGGGGGCAUUUGUUGGGGACUAUUUUCUGUAUGGCGCAGAGGAAUAAGAUGCGUCACACAUACUACAAACGCAAUACGUUCAGUGUUGGUUUAGCUCUGCACAAAAUAUUGAAGAAAUAUUUAGAAUCUCACAAGACUGAUUCUUUAACUGGACCUCUGUUAUGAGUGAUGAUAUAGCAUAGCUACAGAAGACUAGUCCCGGACUUCAAUAUCAGAAAUUUGACUUUUUCUUGGGAGUCUAACUUUAAAGGUAUAAUAUGUAACUGUUGUCGGUUCCUGUUGGCCACACCUCCACAGCUCAACGAGCAGAGAGGGAGGGAGAGAGAGAGAGAGAGAGAGAGCAGCGAUAAUAGAGCGAGCUAUAGAGUGACUGAAGAGAGGGAGCGGCGUUAGUGAGAACAAAGCAGCAAAUCUGAGAAAUAAAACGUUAUUUUCCGAUUGUUUUUACGUUCUUAAACGCACAACUAACUCUGCGGGAAGUUGCCGAAUUUUGAAUGAAUGCAGUCUUCCUGUCUGCUGGCUGUGGCUCAGCGCUGCUCUCGUCAAACUACAGACACACACCGAUCAUAGCUGCACUCUCAGCACAGAGAGGAGCCGGGGGGGUCACUGGAACACAUGCACAUAACUCAACCCGUUCCCAUCCGUGAAAUACGGCCGGUUUGCAUCUAACAGAGUAAAAAAGGGGGACUUGGGAGUCGGUAUCGGAAGCCGAGGGGCGUGACAGAGUGGCGGCAUUUGACCACCUGAACGGGCUGCACACCCUGCGUGCUAUUAUUGGCUGGGGCCCAAAGGCUGUUUGCAUACGCCCAGAAGCGUCCAGAGUAAAGCAAAAUAAUAAGAAAAAAGAAAAUCCAGGCAGAGGGCUGCAGGGUCUCUGCAGAAACGGACAACACCACACACUCCUAGUGGGGUUUUAGAUCAUUCUUGCAUAUUAUGCCUUUUAAAGACGCCCUCUAAAUUGUUGUAAUAGUGCUCAUAGCAUCUUCAAAUCUCUAGAGCCUGUGAGGUGUAGCAGCAUACGCCAUCUGUUAAGUAACAAAUGUCAGUACAGACCAGCCAAAGAUAUGUCCGAGGUCAUUUAGAAACCCCCAGAAAGCACUGGAGUUUAUGUUUACACUGUAACACGUCCCACUCAGCAGAUCGACUGGUCACUAUUCUCCAGUAACCAAAUUGAAGGGAUUCUCAUCAGAGAUGUUAAAGCUUCAGUAGUAAUUCAAGUGUGGAGAGACACCAGAGGCACAUAUUUUAUUUCAGAUUACCUGUCUCAUGCACUACUGUGAGGAUAUAGUGACCGUUUUAUAAAAAUAACUUUUUUUUUUAAUCAUAUUUGCCCCAUUUCUUCCCAUUGCUGUUUAAUGUUAUGUAUUUAUGUAAAACAAUGGCUCUGACUAUCAGAUUUCGAUAUCAUUAUGAGCCUAUAUAACCCACUAUCGGUCAGUCUCUGCUCUGACACCUUACAUUCGAUGUUCUCAACAGCAACAUGUUUUGAUUUUCAAAACAUCAGUGUGGAGUUCAGAGGGAACUUGGUACACUGAAACAAAUGAGGGCGUGCAACUUAAUUUUCAGCUUUUCUCUAAUUCAACUUUUCUCACUAUUUACGAUGACUACUUAUAAAUGACCUCAGGCACCAGAGCGUCUUUCAUGCGGACCUAAUUGUCUCCACACAUCUAAUAAACCUCUUUCCCCAAACCAAAUGUUAGAGGACAGUGUUUUCAAUGUGAGAUGGUACCGCUGACGACGGCUGCCUCUUGUGUAUCAUCACUACUCAGACCUUUUCUUUGUGCGUAGUAACGUUUUUUUGUCUUGCACUGAAUGCACACUGUAUGUGGGCCAGGCCCUGUUACUGCAGAGGUGUCUAUACCUGCCUCUGUCUGCCUCUGUCAAAUAUCACAUUUCACUUCAAAAGGAAGUGGAAGGAAUCUGAACAACAUAUGAUGACGUAUUUAAGAGUGGCCAAAGUAACACCAUUUUUUUUUUAAAUUGAAUUGUAUUCUUGGUUUCUAAAAUGUGUAUAUGAUGUAAUUUAAUAAUUUGCCUUUCAUUUGGAAAUAAUGGGGAAAGUGCUGAAGGAGACGAAACCACACCAGAGUGGAUUUGCCUGAGUUUGUCCAGUAUGUAAAAGUCUUGGUUUGAUUGGGCCAUGCUGUAAAUUAAAAGCUAUACAACUGUGUGUUGCCAAGGUAGCAGAAAGGCUGCCACACAACGCUUCCUUCAGAGUGAAGAUAUGCACUUUAUGAAUUUGCUGCUUUUUGAGUUUUUUUCUUCCAUAAAGUUUGUUUUUCCCCCAAAAUCCACUCUACGCUCCACAAAGUAGCUUUUGACUUCAGAAAGGUGAAAGUCCCUGCAUGCUGUGGCUGUUGUAGUUUGUUGUCUGGUUAAAAUGUUCAAACAUAUGUAUGUAAAAAAAUAAAGGUGACCCCAUG